AUGGCAUCGAAUUCGGAUGGCUGUGGCGGUAGAGGUGAUCAAGUAUCCUCGAGGGAUCAGAUACUGGAAACAGGGGCUGUAUUGCUAAAGAACUUCAUCUACGAGCGGAUUCAGCGACAUGCAGAGGGCGCUACUACUGUGACCAGAGAACAGCUGGGUGGAGGAGAGCUGUGCGAGCCACACCUGAAGGAGCUCGCUCACUGCCUGAAGCAGAUUGGAGAUGAGCUGGAUGGAAACACAGACCUCCAAAGGAUGAUAAAUCGCCCCUCGAUCACUCCCACUAAAGACAUGUUUGUGAAAGUUGCCCUUGAGAUCUUUUCUGAUGGAAAAUACAACUGGGGCAGGGUUGUUGCCCUUUUCUACUUUGCCUGUCGGCUUGUUAUCAAGGCUCUUGUAAACAAUAUACCUGAUAUCAUCAGAACCAUAAUCACAUGGACCAUGGAUUAUCUCCGGGAAAAUGUGAUCAACUGGAUAAGGGAGCAAGGCGGUUGGGAUAGUAUUCGUUCCUACUUUGGUACUCCCACAUGGCAGACGUUGGGGGUAUUCCUGGCAGGAGUUCUUACCACUGUUCUAGUAAUUCGCAAAAUGUGA